AUGAAUGAGACCCGGAUGAUGAUGAUGAUGAUGAUGAUGAAGAUGAGGAAGCUCGUGCUCACCGCGGCACUUUUAUCUCUGUUAUUGAGCGGAUGUGCGCAGAAGGACCCGGAUGGGAGGGAGUACAAGCUCGCGCCUGAACCGGUGUUUCCGCCCGUGCGCGUGCUCUGCACUGAGAACGCCAUGGUUGUGCGCGUGCGCGCUGAUCUGUACGGUAGCGGGAUGCGCGUGUUUGCAGACGAGCUGCGACUCGGUGCGCGCGGAGCCGCGGGAACCUGCUCACCUGUGCGCGCGGAGGAAUCCUGGAGCCCCGCGGAGGAGCACGUGAUCACCGCCAACCUGCACGAGUGUGGCGCGGAGAGCUGGUUAGAAGACGACACGCUGGUUUAUUCCAACACGCUGUUCUACACCCCCCCCACGCUCAACCUCUUCGGUAUCACACGCAGCACCAGCGCCGCCAUUCCUGUCGAGUGUCGUUACCAAAGGAUUAAUUUUGUAAGCAGUAAUCAACAGCCUGGAUCUGCUGCACUGACCUUUAACCGCCAGCACCAGAUGGCUGGAGGAGUGGUGAAGGGAGGUAGGAAGUGUGUAAGAGCCAGGAUACGAGAAACGUAGAUCUGAUGGAUCAGGACGACUGAGCCCCGCGGUGCUGAGCGUCUGUCCGGUCGUCGGUCCGGUCGUCAUGCUGCACUGAGCACUUCAUUCAUCAUGAAAUCCACGUUACUGAUUCCUUACUGCACUAAUUAAAUCUAAACUUCAGUGAAUUUGUAAUUUUGCUUCUUUAACUUCAGCGUGAAAAUCUGAACGAACCUCGGCGUGGUGGAGGAACCGUCGUCUGCUGUACCCACAAUAUCAUGUUUUCUAUAAUAAAGUUUCAUAUAAAAUCA